AUGGCGUUGAAGGAUAUGGCACCCGAUCUGGAGAAGCUCGAUUCUCACAUCGACUCUCUUGAGGAUGCGCUCAAGCCCCUGAUUGAUGGCCUUCCCGAAAUGGCCAACGAACUCCCGCUUCUCGACAAGGCCAAGAUGUUCGCCCUCACAGCCUAUGCUAUCGAAUCUCUCCUCUUCUCCUCCCUCCGUUUGCAAGGCGUAGACGCCAAGGACCACCAGGUCAUGACGGAGCUCAAGCGAGUGCAGCAGUACUUUGGAAAGAUCAAGAAGGUUGAGGAAGCACCGGCUCAGCGAACCAUGACCGUCAACACUGAGGCCGCGACAAGGAUUCUCAAGGCGGAUCUUGGCGAGAACGACAAAGGCUUGAAGAAGAGGCUCGAGGAGAAGCUGGCCGAGGAACGCGCCAAGGCCCUGCUCAACUCCAUGCAAAAGCCCAAGAGACCCGCGCCCGAGUCACCAUCGGCUAGCUCCUCCGGUCCGGAGAAGAAGCUGAGGAGUUCGAGGCGGAAGAGCGCCGGCAAGAAGAACAGCUCUUGA